GGCAAGACGGCCACCCCAGCUCAAGCCCAAGAAGUCCAUAAGGAUGUCCGUGCUUGGAUAAAAACGCACGUUUCACCUGAUGUUGCCGACAAGGUUAGAAUUCUCUAUGGUGGCUCAGUUACCGCGGACAAUGCCAAAGAACUCGGCUCUCAACAUGAUGUUGACGGUUUUCUCGUUGGUGGUGCCUCUUUAAAACCAGAUUUUGUCAAAAUUAUCAACGCAAGGAAGUAA